AGUCAAGUCAGUGGCAAGAAGCAUCGAGAUGUGGCGCCUACAUUUGUUCCUACUCCUGUCCACCUGUUUCCUGGUGCCCCACGAUGCCAAGCCCACGAAGCGGACACCGGUGACCUUUUCGUCGACCACUCUGGCCUCACUGCUCCUGGAAACGGAUAAUACCAGCACUGGCACCACGGAUCAGCCCACCAGUACGGAGAGUUCUUCGGUGAGGACCCCGCGAGUCACCAAUAUCGGACGUUUGGCCUCCAAGGAUUUGGCCGAUUUGCUUUUGGCCAGCAUGCAGGCACGUGGCGCCAAGUUGACCUCCUUCCAGGAGUCCACGAUGAAAUCGCUGCGCAGUGAGGAGACCAAGGAUACGAAGGGCAACAAUGUGUUCCUGCAGGUGGGCAUGGAUGUGAUUAUUGACAUUUUGAUCGGAGCUCGGGAUAAUGCCACCUGCGGAAGGAUCAUCCAGGAUAUUGAUCAGUCGCAGGACAGGAAUAGCCUGACCCUGACCCUGAAGUCCUUCUUGGCCCUGUGCUUCUUCAAUGGCAUCGAGUGCGCCAAGGAGGAGGUGGCCCAGGUGAUCAAGAGCACCCACUCGCGUCAGCGCCAGCAGGCCAAGGUCGUUCUGGAUGAAGAUCAUCAUCAGCAGGCGGAGGGCUCGGGCCUUCGUACCGCCCGUCGGGUGGGCGUGGUCAAGGACGAUCGCAACUCGGUGCUGAAGUUCCUGCAGGCCCGGAACAUCAACGAGCUGAGCGCCAUCCUUAAUACACUGCUGCAGGUGUGCGGAGCUUCGGGCGGCGAGGCCCACAAGAUCAUCAGGAAUUUGCGAGAGAUGGGUCCCGACAGCGUCAGUUUGCUGCAGGUGAAUGCUUUUAGCAUGCUCUCCGUAUCGCUGCUCGACAGCUUGUCCGCCAUUGCCGAGGGUAAGACGAGUGGUUUGUGCUCCGCCGGCCCCGAUAGUUGGAUCGUCCGCCUGCUGGCAAUGGGCGUUGACAAAGUGGUACUGAUGGGUCUCAUGACCGCCCUCGAUCGCACCAUCGCCACCUCGACCUCCACAUCCGCCGAGGCGAACAAUGCCGCAGCCCUGAACACCCUGAAUGGUGGUGACCUCACAGAUGCCAAGCCCCAAGUUCUUCAGAAGUCCGCGGCUACCGCAAAGCGAGCUAUUUUGGAUUCUGGCGCGGGUAACGAUUUCAAUUUGGCACCAUCAGUCGAGGAAAUCGGAAAUCUGAACACAGUUAAUGAUCUAAUUAGUGCCGAUGUUCCCGUCGGAGCUAAUCUUCCAAUUAUAAGCAAGGUUGAUGGUGGUGCUGGCAACGUUCUCAAUCAGGGAUCUGAUGUCAUUCUCAAGGGAAAUGGAAACAAUUUUAACCGCUUGGUGGGGGCACGAAUUCCCGUUUUGGCGAGUGCUCCGAUAUUGUCUGAUGUUAGCGGCGGCAGCUCAUCGUCAAGCUCCUCGGGAACUCCAUCAAGUUCUUCUUCUUCCUCGAGUCCAUCAAGCAGUUCGGGAUCUUCUGGUUCUUCCAGUUCCGGUUCUUCUGGCUCUACAAGUUCGGGAUCUUCCGGAAGCUCAUCGGGCGCGGGUAACGAUUUCAACUUGGCUCCUUCUGUUCAGGAAAUUGGCAAUGACAACACUGUUAAUGACCUUAUUAACGCCAAUGUGCCUGUUGGAGCUUUUGCCCCUAUUCUGAGUAAAAUUGAUGGAAAUGGUUUCACCGGAAACGUUCUUAACCAGGGAUCUGAUAUAUUGAUCAAAGGUCAAGGAAACACUUUCAAUCGCCUAGUGGGUGCACGAAUUCCCGUUUUAGCGAGUGCUCCGAUAUUGUCUAGUAUUAACAGCGGAAGUUCAUCGUCUAGCUCUUCGGGAACUCCAUCUAGUUCUUCGUCUUCCUCGAGUCCAUCAAGCAGUUCGGGAUCUUCCGGUUCAACCAGUUCAGGAUCUUCUGGUUCUUCCAGUUCGGGAUCUUCGGGAAGUUCAUCGGGCGCGGGUAACGACUUCAACUUGGCUCCUUCUGUUCAGGAAAUUGGCAAUGACAACACUGUUAAUGAUCUAAUUAACGCCAAUGUGCCUGUUGGAGCUUUUGCCCCUAUUCUUAGCAAAAUUGACGGAAAUGGUUUUACAGGAAACGUUCUCAAUCAGGGAUCUGAUGUUGUUAUCAAGGGACAAGGAAACACUUUCAAUCGCCUAGUGGGUGCACGAAUUCCAGUUUUAGCAAGUGCUCCGAUAUUGUCUAGUAUCAACAGUGGAAGCUCAUCGUCUAGUUCUUCGGGAACCCCUUCUAGUUCUUCUUCAUCCUCCAGUCCUUCAAGCAGUUCGGGAUCUUCUGGCUCCACUAGUUCAGGAUCUACUGGCUCUUCUGGCAGCUCAACUAGCUCUUCCUCUGGCACUCCCAGUUCUUCCAGCUCUUCAGUCAUUGGCAACAAUGUGAAUGUUAAGGGCGAUACCAUUACUGGCAAUCAGAAUUUCCUUUUCAAGCUACUUGACCUUGGCCUGCCAAUUUCUCUCGCCGCUCCGGUGCUCAGUAUCCUCAAUCAGGGUUCUGCCUCUUCGGGCUCUACAACAUCUUCGAGUGGUUCUUCGGGCAGUUCUUCAAGCGGUUCUUCAGGCAGUUCUUCGGGUAGUUCGUCAAGCGGUUCUUCAAGUGGUUCGUCUAACGGUUCAGGCUCAGGAUCCUCAGUGGGAAACAAUGCCAACAUCGAUCCCAAUGUUGAUGUUGUUGGUAAUGAUAACGUAGUUACCAAAGUUGUUGAUGCCAAUGUCCCCGUGCUAGCCAAUGUGCCUGUACUUAGCAAAAUAACUGGAACCGGUUUUGCUAACAAUCUCAACCAAAAAUCCAACGUACUGAUUAGAGGGGAUCGUAAUAAGGUCACCAAGGUUGUUGAUGCCAAUGUCCCCGUUUUGGCGGCUGUUUCGGCGCUCAGCAGUAUCACCGGUGGAGCGACCAGUGGUGGUUCCUCCAGUGGUGGCUCCUCUAGUGGUGGCUCCUCUAGCAGUGGCUCUUCCAGUGGUGGAUCCUCCUCCUCCUCGGGAGCAUUGGGUGCCCUAGGUGGUCUCACGGGAAGCUCAGGAUCGGGAUCGUCUUCGAGUGGCCUUCUUGGCGGUGUUCUUGGAACCGUCGGUGGUGUCGUUGGCGGUGUAGUGGAGCCCGUUCUUGGUGGAGUCGUCGGCGGUGUAGUGGAGCCCGUUCUCAAGGAUGUCGUUGGCGGCGUAGUGGCACCCGUUCUUAGUAAUGUCGUUGGCGGCGUAGUGGAACCAGUUGUUGGUGGUGUCGUCGGCGGUGUCCUCCCGGUAGUGGAGCCCGUUCUUGGAGGUGUCCUGGGCACCGUUGGCGGCCUCCUGGGCGGUGCUACUGGCAGCUCCUCCAGCUCAUCCGGCUCCUCCAGCCCCCUUGGCGGUCUUACCGGCAUUUUGGGUGGCGGAUCCUCCGGCUCCUCUUCAUCCUCCUCUUCAAGCGGUUCCUCCGUGACUGGAAAUAGUGCCACUAGCGGCGCCGAUACUGUGAUUGUUGGCGACAACAACAAUUUCGUCCGGUUGGUGGACGUCAAUGGAUUGGUCCUAGCCGACAUUCCCAUUUUGAGCAGUAUUACCAAUCUUUUGGGAGCGACUGGACUAAUCGGCAACUCAGCGAAUAAGGGUCCCAAGACUGUGGUUAUUGGCAACAACAAUCGCAUAGUGAAGCUGAUUAACGUCGACCUCUGGGUGUUGGCCUUCCUUGAUGUUCUGAAUAUAAUCCGUGGAAGUGGAGGCGUUUGCAACCAGCUGAAUUCUGGACCUAGCACGGAGAUCAUUGGCAAUGACAACGAUGUGGUUCAGCUAGUGGAUGUGGACUUGAGUGUGCUGUUAGUGGUGGAUUUGUUGAGCCACCUGAUCACCACUGUGGCCAAUGACUGUGGGACCACCACCACCAGUGCACCCAUCACCACGACCACCACUACGGAGACACCCACUGCCCAGCCACCCACUCAGGCUCCCACUCCGUCUCCCACUCCCUCUCCCACUCAGGCUCCCACGGAACAACCGCCCACCUACGGGCCACCCACCAACGAGCCACCCACCAAUCAGCCCCCCACCAACCAGCCUCCUACCAAUGAACCUCCCACAAAUCAGCCCCCCACCAAUGAGCCUCCCACCAAUGAGCCUCCCACCAAUGAGCCACCCACCAACAGGCCACCUACCAAUGAGCCGCCCACCAACAGGCCCACAAACCAGCCACCCACCAACAGGCCACCCACCGUCCAGCCACCCACCAACCGCCCGCCGUCGCCCAGUCCCAACAACUGCUAUCGCAGAUAUUGCCGCAAGUGGCGCACCCGCCCUAGCUAUUUGUGCUACAAGAACUGCGGUGGUGCCUACGUCUACAAGCCCUAAGUCGGUGACCUUGCAACACCACUACCACCCACACAGCCAGCGGAAGCAGGAGAAACACCGGAAGGAAGGCAACCACCGGAACCACCGGCUGUACAGCUACUCAAUCUUGUUAUGCGUGGCACUGCCAGCCUCACUGCCCCUGGGCAUUUAUUUAUUUUUUAUACUUUCUAAGCAAAAGUUGUUUAAUUUAUUUGAAAUAUAUAGAAAUUGAAUCCAUA